GAGGAGGCGGGGUGCUAGUUGAAGGGGGAGAAGGUCCACAGAGGAGCCGGGCAUGUUCAAACAUAUCCAGGCAGACCAGCCUACCAACCUCCACGGUGUGCUGUCAUAACGCACGGGUAGGAUUUACACAUAGACUAGACUAUAUGAGAGAUUUUGCAUCAGCUAUUAGGCCUAGUAGUAAUGACAUAGUUCAAACCGAUAUGUAGGCCUAGACUAUUCCCAAAGGGCCACUUGUCAUACAGUAACAUAUUAGAUGUGUAGUUAAUGGAUUCAUCUUGAGACGCACUACUACUGAAGAUAUUUUAAGUUUCGGCUCUGUCUGAAGACUCCGGCUCAGCGUGGCCAUGUCUCUCCCGGCUAAAGUGAUGAGGGACGGGCUGCUGGAGAAGCGCAGCAGCGGGCUCCUCCAGCUGUGGAAGAAGAAACGCUGCGUGCUCACCGAGGAAGGGCUGCGUCUACACAACUGCAAAGGCGGCGGCGACGAUGCCCCGAGCUCGGCGUGGAGCUCCAAAGCCAAGGAGCUCCGCUUUGAGCGCAUGGCCACGGUGGACUGCGUGGAGUACAAGCGGGGGCUGGUGUACUUCACCGUAGUCAUGGCUACGGGGAAGGAGAUUGACUUUCGGUGUCCGCAGGACGGCACGGCUUGGAACGCGGAGAUUGCUUUGGCAUUGGUGCGCUAUAAGAACCUGCAGGCCGUGCAAACAGGACGGAACAGGCACCUGUCCACAGCACACCUGGGCAGCACUGGGGAGGAUGAGGAGCUCUGACCUGGGAAGGGAGUGAACCAAUCAGAGUGGAGAAAGGGUAGAGGAUGCCAGACCAUCAGCUUUAUUCUGCGGUGCACAGCAUGAUGAGAUGUACAGAGAGCGGCCAUCAGCGAAUAUGGAUUAAAGGACUGAGAGCAAGUGUCACGCACACUCUUUUUGUCUUCCUACAUGAGGUUUUUCACGCUGUCAUACAAAGCCUAGGAGUCUGAUGUACUGCAAGCAUGGGUGAAAGUGGUUUUCUGUCAUGACCUCAUUGCUUGAGGUCAUUGUGGACACCGCUGCACAAGGAAAAGAUGGCGUUAUUUGUACAAAAUCUGUGGAGCUGGGACACUGUUUACCCCUUGUGCCUUGAUGUUUCAAAAAUAUCUUCUAUUCUGGACGUCAUUUCCCGAAGUUUUCUAACGUUGCUGAAACAGCAUUCACUUUGUUUCUUCAGUCUUGCUGUUGAUUGAAACGCAUCGCCGUUCGACUGGCUUUGAAAACUUUUGCUAUAGACUGGACCACAUCUGCAUGUUUUUCUAAAGCUGAACAUUAAGAAUAAACAUUUUGCUCAUAUUCAUUGCACACUGUAUUCUAUAUAUUUGCUAAAACCAUGUACAGUAUUACACUCUUACAAAGAUAAAAAUAAAUUUUUGUUAGUGCUGACAUA